AUGCUCAUCACCAACAUCAUCGCCACCGUCGCUACGGCCUGCGCGGUUCUGGGCCCUGCAGCUCUCGCCGAUGACUUCAGGGUCAGAAAAAGCGGCAAGACCGACUGUUCUUCUGACGAAGGCCCAAUCAGAGGUUACAACAGAGGCGUCUGUAACCCUCUGUAUAGUACCGACUGGGGGAUGAGGGUCAUCGAGCACAACCCCGAUUGCAAGAAGCAGUAA